AUGUCCACGCCAUCCUCAACUGCACGAUCUGCCGUCACGCCCCAAGUGACCGCGUCUGUCAUCAAAUUCCAAUGCCUGUACACUCAUGACCUACGUCGCAAAUCGAAGCGCUGGCAAGAUGGGUAUCUCAAGUUUCACUCCUUCAAUAAGCGUGUGAUGGUUUAUGAUGACAGUGGAACCUUCGUCGGCGAUCACCACUGGCGCUCUGCUGAGGAAGUUCAAGACGGUGAUGAACUCGAGUUAGAUAAGGGCGUGUUGAUUGAAGUGGGCGAGCGGCUCAGCACCACCCAGACCGAUAUUACGAACCUGUUCGAUAAGAAGAAAUCCAGCCAGGCCUCCCCCGCCAGGGGUAAUCAGAACCCCCUUCAGUCUCAAGCUCCGCGAAUAUCGACCGCACCUACACCUGCCCCCACACGUACGAACCCACCUCCAAGCCGUUCCUCAGGCACAUCACAAACAUUUCGUUCAUUGAACGAUCUGCUGGGGAUCAAGAAGAACCAACCCCCGGCACACCCUCAUGGCGAACGACCUCAGCCUCAAGCAAACAUUCAAGGAUCGAAUGAACCAGCUCAGAAGCGGCAAAAGGUAGCGAUCUCGGCAUGUACUACUCCACCUAGCAGGGAGGACGUAAUGCCUCAGAGGCCACCAGCUACCAGUAUCACCGCUCGGCCACCACCUAUCAAACCUCUUGGGCCAAGACCACCGGACAUACCGACCUCAGUUGGUACCAAAAGAAAACGUUCAUCCGAGGUGGUGGAUUUGACGGAACUUGAUGAUGAGCCCCAUACCACCACUGGAAAUGCACCGGUCCAGCCUCUGCCUCAAAAUAGUUUGAAAUCACCCAUGCCCCCUCCGCAGGAAAACCAAGCCGAGUCCCUGCUAAAGUAA